AUGGGUCUUUUCCUUGAGGAGGCUGCCUGUGGCUUCACAAGGAUUGCCUACAAUUCUUUGAUUUUUUUUCGUCUGUUUUCUCCUUCUUCAACAUCAUCAGAACCCAGAAGAAUCCAAGAAAUUAAAAGCUUCCCUGACGCUACGCCAGAUGGACAGCACCAAGAAGAGCAGUAUCUUCCAUCACUAAAUGACAUUUCCUACCGUUUUGUGGGUGGGAGACUGCCAAGGACUAAUUUGUACGAAGGAAAGACAGUUGCUUGCUUAGUUUCAUCCAUUCUUGAUGCUGGUGGUAUAGCCAAGUGA